AUGGGUCGAAGCGCAUGGGCGGUUCGGUUGGCUUCCCUUCUCGCGUUUGGUUUGGUGCUCGUCUCCGUCGAGGCUAGCAUCGGGGAUGUUGAUCCGCGCUACAGAACUUGCGUGAAGGAGUGUCAAACUACAGGGAUUAUUGGGGAGAACGUCAUCAGCCAUUGUCAGUCCAAAGAGAACGAUACUUCUGUUGGAGGCUCUUGGUAUAACCAGGAGCAAAUUUACAUCCAGUGGAAACACCUGAACUGUAGGACAGACUGUCGCUACUUUUGCAUGAUGCAGAGAGAAGGGGAACGACAGUCACUUGGUCUGAGCCCCGUUAAAUAUCAUGGAAAGUGGCCAUUCUUACGUGUUUCUGUGUUCCAGGAACCCCUUUCAGCGGCACUAUCUGCUGUCAACCUACUGAUACACUUCACUGGCUGGCUUUCAUUUUUCCUUCUAGUGAAUUACAAAUUGCCUCUUAGACCCCAAACCAAGAGAACUUACUAUGAAUAUACUAGCUUGUGGCAUAUCUAUGCAAUCUUAUCAAUGAAUGCAUGGUUCUGGAGCACUAUUUUCCAUACUCGAGACAUUGACUUGACUGAGAAAUUGGACUAUUCUUCAGCUGUGGCCCUGCUUGGCUACUCGUUAAUCCUUUCAUUGCUGAGGGCUUUCAAUGUCAAGGAUGAGGCUACCAGGGUGAUGUUUGCAGCCCCUAUUUUGGCAUUCGUUACGACGCACAUCUUGUAUCUCAACUUCUAUGAGCUCGACUAUGGAUGGAACAUGAAAGUUUGUGUGGUGAUGGCUGUGGUUCAACUUCUGACCUGGGCAGUUUGGGCUGGUGUAAGCCGGCAUCCAUCACGAUUGAAGCUCUGGACAGUUGUUUUUGGAGGAGCACUGGCCAUGCUUCUUGAACUCUACGACUUCCCUCCAUACAUGGGUUAUGCCGACGCCCAUUCGCUGUGGCAUGCAAGCACCAUUCCACUCACCUAUCUCUGUUGGAGCUUCAUCAAGGACGAUGCCAUAUUCCGCACGUCAACACUCAUCAAGAAGGCAAAUACUGGUGGGGUUUGCGAGAUUUUGUCAUCGCCGAUUCAGUUUUGUGAAAUCAGACAGAACAAUGAACAUCAACGUGCGCAUAUUUCACAUAACACCACGGUUACCAUGGGAGUAGAGACCAUCGGCACCAUGUCACAUACGUCUAGAUCAGUGGAGAAUGAAGUACCUGAUCAGGCGGUGGUUGAUAAAGCUAGGAAAAAUUUGAUCACUCCUGAAGUUGGAAUGAUUUUUCAAUUCGAGGAACAUGCUUAUAAGAUGUACAACACCUAUGCCGGCAAGUUUGGGUUCAAUAUUAGAAAGACUGAAUCAUAUACAAGGAGAAUGUAUUCAGAGUUUGAGGAAGAAUUUAAAAGACAAUUUACAUUGUCUUGUGAAUUGUUGGAAACUGCGGGGACAAACUUGACAUUCUUUGUUAAGUAUAUGCAAUCUGAUCGUGGAGCAACAGUAGUACUCAACACUGAAGAUUCCACCAUUACAUGCUCUUGCCGGAUGUUUGAAUCGAUAGGUUUAUUGUGCAAGCAUGCUCUUAGAGUCUUCAAUAUGAAUGGAGUAUACACUUUGCCAUCGCAAUAUAUACUGCCUAGAUGGACAAAAUAUGCGAAAACUGGAUUUUAUAUUGAAAAACAAGGAACUGAGAAGGGAGAUUUGAAAACACAAGCAUCACUUAUAUCUCGACAGGCCACAUCUCUUGCAUUGAAAUACUUAUCUGAGAUGCGUGAAAAAUCCAAGGAGGCUCCUCCAGUUCCAAAUGAAAAUGUCCGAGAACCAUUAAAUGGUGUAAUAUCAUUUAAAAUUCCUCAGGUAAUAAAAGGUCCAAAGAAUACACGUUUUAAAAAUGCUGUUGAAAAGAAGACAGGAAAGAAGAAGAAGGGUGCUCAGAAGAAAGGCGAAGAUCUGAAAAAUAAUGAUGUAGAAACAAGAGAUGAACAUACUGAUCCAAACCAAAUAACUUGUAUCGAAACUGCAUGCAAUUUUAUAGUCAGUACAGGAAAUCAGGAAUCAGCAGAGGGGUGCCGGAUGGAUACAGAUACAAGUCUACAGGAAUCAGCAGGGGUGCCAGACCUGGCGUCACAGCGGCGGCCGCAGGAGGGGCUCCGCUGCCGGUGCCCCGGGCGACGCCUGCGGGAGUGGCGGCGUACCUGGCGGACAACCAGAUCGCGCGCGUUCCUGUGGUUCGCGCACCUGACGACGAACCAGGCGAUCCUCGACGCCGCCGAGCUCGCCACUGACCCCGCCACGGGGAUGGAGCUGGACCUCGACGAGACGCUGGCCGUCAACUGCGUGCCCUUCCUGCACAAGCUCGGCGGCGGUGGAUUUAGAGGCCGCGUCGUGCUCUUCCGUGGCGGUGGAGUUAGGCGGCGCGGGCUGCAGGGUACUACCAUGAAGAGGUUGGUGUCGACCGCCCUCGCCACGAGAGGGCUCCUGAGAUCUCGUGGACUGCCGAGUACAACUGCUGUUAUGUCCCGACCAGCUUUCCAGCAGUUUAUGAAUUAUUCGUCACCACAAGGUGGUGAUCCUAAUGCAAACACGAACUCAACUGCAGCACGAAUAGCUGCUGAUCCUGAUACACAUCAAGAUUUCGAGCCAAAAAUCAGAAGUUCAGACAUGUCAUUGCAUGACAUUGUUGCUCAGGAUAUCAAGGAGAACCCAGUCUUGAUCUACAUGAAGGGUUUUCCUGAGUCUCCAAUGUGUGGCUUCAGCGCACUGGCAGUUAAGGUCCUCCAGCAAUAUGGCGUCCCUAUCUGUGGCAGAGACAUUCUUGGAGAUCUCAAGCUCAAAGAGAGUGUUAAAGCCCACACAAGGGUGAACUUAAGGAUCUUCUUGGGGAUAUUGCGCAAAGAGAUGAACAAAAAGCAGAUGCUCAUGAUUUAUGAAGCAAUCCACAGUAGAAUCCCAGGCUAUAGGUUGUUUGAUCUGGCAUUCUGGCAGAAGCAAAAUCAGGAUUGGAUGCCCGAUUCAUAG